AUGUCGUUUUACUCCACCAUAUUCCAAACAGUUUUUAAGAGAAACGCUGUCUACGUGGGUACAAUAUUUGGUACUGCAUUUGUGUUUCAAACAGUAUUUGAUGAUGCCAUUAACGGUUGGUGGGAAACAAGAAAUAAGGGCAAACUUUGGAAAGACGUUAAAGUGAAAUUGGCUGCUGGUGGUGACGCAGGUGAUGGUGAUGAUGAUGAGUAG